UUCAUAUUCUAGCACUGUAUUUUGGUCCAAAUGGGACGCACAGUCACGUCUCCGCCCUGAUCUGUCCCCGCGCGCCCAACCUCUUCCAAAGCGAAUUUAAUCGGUAAAAUGUUUUUUUUGGAGCAGCGGAGGACACGCCGACAGGGAAAGGAAGGCAAGAAGUGAAUGACUACUAGUGGAAUAAGUCAGCAACACCGCCCAGUUGGCGGAUAUUUACCACGGUGGGCACGCUUUUUAAGGCUUUUAAAUGUAGACGUUGUAGGUGUAACCAAGUGCGCACCGUUAUUUAUUUAGAGAGGGGGACUUUUCAUUGGCAGAGAUGGAAAGUGUGCAGGCUGUCGCUGAGGAUGGUGCGUCGGAUGGAGGCGCGACCAAGUUAAUGAAGAAGCCCAGCGGACUGUAUGUCGCCCGGGGGACUCCAGCGGAUGAUGGCGGUGGACAUUUGGCACCCUCCCGCGUAGAGGCAAAGAACGGGAAUAGCUUUUCUCAUUCCGCCUCUUCAGCGGGAUCUAGUGCGUCAAACCGAACUGUGGCGUCUAACGGCCGGGGCUCAUCCAAUCACUCCAGCUCUCUCCUGUUGAGACGGAGGCGCUUGAAGAGGAACCUCUCCGCCGCAGCUGCAGCCACCGCCACCUCAGCUGUCACCGCCGCCUGCGGCGCCAAGAUGAACUCGGCCCUGUCCUCUGCGUCUUUACAUACUCGGAGUCUGGAUCGGAAGACUCUACUGAAGCACCGGCAGAACAUGCAGAUGCAGCCGCCAGAUCGCGAGUGGGUGAGAGCAGAUCUCCACCGGGGCUCUAUACAUGUCCACGACAGACUGACGACCUCAUAUCCCAGGCCGGUUCUUUGCACUAUGGACACCACAGCCGGCGAGGUCGCACUACGUCUGAGUAAACUCUGCAGUAAGUCAAGCUCUGUCAUGCGCAUUUUUUGUAAAGAUAACCCCAAGACUGACCAAAAUGGCAACUGCAAUGUGAAGUAUGAAUAUAACGAUAACCCAUGCAAGGUGAAUGAAGACUCCAGUAUGAAAUGCAACCACCUGACUCCCCUGGAAUCCACAGAAUUAAGUGGCCAUCCAAGUGACAGGUUGAAACUGCUGCUCAUGGAGAAUGCAAAUGAGAGGCAAAAGCAACAGGACGUUGAUGGAAAACUUUUCACCCCAGAAUCAGAGUCACAAGACAACAUAGCCUGUUCACUGUCAGAUUUAAAUUCCAACUCUAACAUGGAUACCCCCAAUGAUGACGACUCUGAGCACAGGAACUGUUUGGACAGCUAUGGACUAAAUUCUGGCUCAGAUGUGGAGAGCAGUGCAUUUGAUGACCUGAGCUCCGGGGCCAGGCUCAGCGAGCACAGGGACUCCCUCAGCGAUGACAUGGUCCUGGGCACAGACGCAUCCAUCCUCAGCCCCUCGUUCGAUAGUGCCACAGAGGGCCACGACAUGUACGGCAGCUCCUCGGACGAACUGGACCUCGACUGUCCCGCGUCGAGCACCAGCAUGGACCCCAUCUCACAACAUCACACUAACGGAAUCAGCGCUGUCACUGCCAACUACAAACAUUUAAACGACAUGACAAACAAUAUGGGACCAGAUAGCAGACUCAACCCACACAGUCUGGGCAGCCUGCCACCCAGCAGUAGCGCCGGCUCAUUGUCAAGAGCCUGUUCUACAGGUAAUACACCUGAUAUCCAAGAUCCGGACACCGGCCAUGGUGCUGUAAAAUCAGGGCUGACGGCAGACCACAAUGGUGAUUCCAGCCCCACACUGUAUGUUCAGCUGCAUGGAGAGGCUGUCAGGAGGCUUAGCCCAGAUGAGAGGCCUCUGCAGAUCCAGAAUGACUUUCUCUUUAAGCUUGGAUUUAAGGACCCGUGGAGAGUUCAAGAGGAAGGGCUUAACACGGAAAUUGGCUCCUUGUUACGUUUCUAUGCAGGGAAGCCCUCAAACAUUGAGAACUCAGAGCGGGUCCAGCUGUCGGGGACAUACAACGUUCGGAAAGGGAAGCUCCAGCUGCCGGUCAACCGCUGGACCAGACGGCAGGUCAUCCUGUGUGGCACCUGCCUCAUCGUCUCCUCCGUCAAGGACAGCAAGACGGGGAAGAUGCACAUCCUGCCGCUCAUUGGAGGAAAAGUGGAGGAGGUGAAGAAGCACAGUCACUGCUUGGCCUUCAGCUCGGCGGGGCCUCAGAGUCAAACCUACUACGUCAGCUUUGACAGCUUCACGGAGCACCUGCGCUGGCACAGACACGCUGCCAAGAUGGUGUCUCAGAGGAUCAACUCUGUAGAUCUGUCCUGCUGCAGCCUGGAACAGCUUCCUCCCAACCUCUUCUACAGCCACGAUCUCACCCACCUCAACCUCAAACUUAACUUCCUGCCUGCAGACCAGCGGCUGCAGCAGCUGCAGAGAUUUUCUCGUCUGCGGAGCCUCAACCUGUCCAACAACCACCUCGGUCAGUUCCCCCUGGCCAUCUGUGACAUCCCCACGCUGACGGAGGUCAACCUCAGCUGUAAUUACCUGACCUGUGUCCCCAGCUCUGUGGGGGCCAUGACCAAUUUGCAGACUUUCCUAUUGGAUGGCAACAGUCUAGAUGAGAUGCCCAAUGAGCUCGGUUCUCUCCAGAGGCUGAGUUACUUAGGCCUUUCCUUCAACCAGUUCAACCAUGUGCCGCAGGUGCUGGAGCAGUUAGCCUCCAUGGAGAAGCUGUGUAUGGCUGGAAACAACCUAGAAACGCUCACCCUGCAGAAUUUCCGACUGCUGCGUGUCAAACACAUCGAUCUAAGGUUGAAUAAGAUCUCCAGCAUGGUGCCAGAUGAGCCUGACCUGCUGCGUCACGUGACUCAGCUGGAUGUGAGGGAUAACAGGCUGACAGAGCUGGACGCCUCGGUCUUCCCCAGACUGGAGGUGCUUCACUGCGAGAGGAAUCGCAUCGCCUGCCUGAGGACCAAGGGUUGCUUGCUCAAAGGCAUCUACGCCUCCAACAACGAGCUACGGCAACUGGAUGUCAGUCCUGUGCCCUCCAAUCUUAGUUACAUGGACAUCUCGAGGAACCAUAUGGAGUCUUUGCCAGACUGGCUGUGUGAAGCUAAGAAACUGGAAGUUCUGGACUUGAGCCACAACCUCAUCACUGAGCUCCCGGCGCGGUUGUUAUGCAGCAACAGUCUGAGGAAGCUGAGUGCAGGACAUAACCAGUUGCAGAAGCUGCCUGAAAGAGUGGAGCGCCCUCUGCUGGAGGUUUUGGACGUACAGCACAAUCAACUGGUGGAGCUGCCUUGCAACCUGUUCCUCAAAUCUGACAGCUUACGGUGCGUAAAUGCGUCAGCCAAUAAGCUGGAGCUCCUGCCGCCAUCCAGCCUGUCAGAGGAGAGCCACAGCAUCCUGCAGGAACUCUACCUCACCAAUAACCGGCUGACGGAUAAGUGUGUACCCCUGCUAACGGGCCACACACACCUUCGUGUUCUGCACAUGGCCUACAACCAUCUCCAGACCUUCCCGGCCAGUAAAAUGGCCAAGCUGGAGGAGCUGGAGGAGGUGGACCUCAGCGGAAACCUGCUGAAGACUGUGCCCACAACCAUCAUGAAUUGCCGGCGAAUGCACACACUCAUCGCCCACUCCAACGCCAUCGAGGUCUUCCCUGAGGUCAUGCAGCUGAUGGAGAUGAAAUGUGUGGAUCUGAGCUGUAAUGAGCUCAACGAGAUCACACUGCCAGAGAAUCUGCCUCCCAAGCUUCAGGAGCUGGACCUGACUGGAAACCCCCGUCUCAACCUGGACCACAAGACCCUCGAGCAGCUCAAUAAUAUACGAUGCUUCCGUAUUGAUCCGCCUCCUACCUUUUCGUCGAACGAGGCAUCUGGUGGGCCUGCGGUGUGGAGUCAUGGUUACACUGAGGCCUCAGGCGUCAAGAAUAAACUUUGUGUUGCAGCUCUUUCAGUAAACAGUUUCUGUGGUAGUCGGGAGGCUCUGUACGGUGUGUUUGAUGGCGACAGGAAUGUGGAAGUUCCCUACUUGCUGCAGUGCACGAUGAAUGACGUGCUGGCGGAAGAAAUACACAAGACCAAGAGCGAAGAGGACUACAUGACCAACACCUUCCUCGUCAUGCAAAGAAAACUGGGAACUGCAGGGCAGAAACUGGGUGGCUCAGCGGCUCUGUGUCACAUUCGCCACGACCCCACCGACCCCGGUGGCUGCUUCACCCUCACAGCUGCUAAUGUGGGCAAGUGCCAGGCCAUCCUAUGCCGCGAUGGAAAGCCGUUGUCGCUGUCACUGCUUCAUAAUGUGGGGAUUGAGGAGGAAUACCGCAGGAUCAGGCAGCACAGGGCUAUCAUCACUGAGGACAACAAGGUGAAUGGCGUGACCGAUUCUACGCGAAUCAUGGGCUACUCCUUCCUCUAUCCAUCAGUCAUCCCUUGUCCCUACGUGCAGACAGUCACUCUCACCCCCCAGGAUGAGUUCUUCAUUCUGGGUAGCCGGGGCUUGUGGGAUGCCGUGUCUCCCAACGAGGCUGUGGAAGCUGUUCGGAACGUCCCCGAUGGCCUGGCUGCUGCUAAGAAGCUGUGCACGUUGGCGCAGGGCUAUGGCUGCACAGACAGCCUCACCGCUGUUGUGGUCCAGCUCAGUGUGAGUGAAGACUGCUGCUCCUGCUGCUGUUCUGAGCCUCCCCAGCCACCUCCCAGCCCCGGCUUGGGCCCCUACCCCCCGUCGUCCUCUGCCAUCAAGGAGAGGCCCUCAGAUGGCUCCCUCCCUGUGCCGCCUUCCUCCUGCAGUGAAAUCAGCAGUGAGAUCAGCACCAGCGAGAUGAGCAGCGAGGUGGGCUCCACGGCCUCAUCUGACGAGCCACCGCAGAGCUCCCUGGUGCUGCUGCACGAGCAGACCCACCACCCACACCUCCCCCUGCACCAUCACGCCCACUCGCUGUCCCUACAGCACCAACAGGCCCACACAAGCACCCAGCCCUGCCAGUACGUAUUCCCAGGUUCAGAGCUGCCCUCUGCCCGCAGCUGCUGCACCCUCCAUCCCGCCUGCUUAGCGAGCUCCUUCCAGAGGCAGCUGUCCAGUGCCACCUUCUCCAGCGCCCUGUCAGACAACGGGCUGGACAGCGAGGAUGAAGAGCCAAUCGCUGGUGUUUUCUCUAAUGGGAGCCGCGUGGAAGUAGAGGCAGAUGUCCACUGCCUCAAAGCAGAGUCCUCCUCCUCCUCGUCACCCCAAACAUCAUUACCGUCAUCCUCCAGCCAGGAGCGCACCAUGCUGACUCUUCCCCCACCACCUCCACCGCCAUGCACCCCAGAGCCCCUGGAGGAAGGGGUCGACGUGAGCCUCAGUGAGGCUGAGAACGGGCUGGAGAGAGAUGAGUCUUGGCAUGCAUUCGGAACAGGAGGUGGGGAUGGAGGGAAGUUGGCAGGCAAGAAGAGGGUUAAUGGGUCGGUGGCACGCCAGGAAAAGAGUCACAACCUUAUCGAGGUGGCUGCCGACGCUCCCUCCAAGAAGUCCGGGGGAUACUUCACAGCUCCAGCACAGCCCGACCCGGAUGACCAGUUCAUCAUCCCGCCUGAGCUGGAGGAGGAGGUGAAGGAAAUUAUGAAGCAGCAUCAGCAGAAACAGCAGAAGCCGCCUGGGACGGAUCAGCCCACAGACUACUACGACACCCCUCUCUGAACAACAACAACAACAACAACACCAACAACUACAGCCUCAUCUCCCUCCCAGCUGCAGCAUGCACAGAAGCCUACUGUACCAUGGAUCUAACCAGUCUUUUCAUAUAUGAACACAAACAAAUGGGUUUCAUCAAGAGGCUGUAAAAUGCACAGGAAAAAGUUGGAUCAUACUUUUUCUAAACAGCCUUUCUUGCUCAACACAGCCUCAUCAUCGAAGAACCAUGCACUGUAACGUGACCCCCCCCACCCCACACACACACACACACACACACACAGACACACGCACGCAUUUUUACCCAGACAACUCAUAGAAUAAAACAAGCAAAUGAUCCCUUUAAUGAUGCUCAACCCCUCUUGAAAAGGCUGUGGACACAGCUCCUGGUGUCCAUGGUUGUGCCCUUCUCACAGACUGGAACGUUGUUUUUACAUUAGAAAACCAGCGGAGUAUGUUUUCAACACUAGUCUCUUUGCAAUAGCAUUAGCUCGCCACAACACUUGUUAAUAUGGAUAACAGUUCCAUGGUUUCUUUGUUUGUUUUGUAAGAACUUAGCAUAUCUUUUAAUGUGAAAGCAGUGAUGUUGCUGAAAGAACUUUUUAAAACGGAGACUCAUAAUCUUUUUAUUAUCAGUGAACUAUGUCGAAUGGUACACCAGUAAUACCACACUUAACUGUUGUAGAUAGGGCACUUAAAAUACUGUAUUUCUUCAGUAAAUCAUGGCUCUUGGCCUGUAAAAUGGCAUAGAAAUUUUUUGUAGAAAUUUUAAAUACUAACUCCUAGGAGUUGCAUACUCUUUAUGGUGACUCAGUCACUUUUACUAAUCUUCUCUGAGAGAAAUGGUGAUUUUUUUUUUCCAAUGAUUUGUAAAUAAGAGAAAUGUUGUAUACUGAUGCUUUUAAAAAGGAACUACGUACCUGUGUGUCGGUGAAAGUUUUAGUGGUCGGGAGGAUGUGAGGUUCACCAAGAAUUUGCUGUUAUGGAGGUGUCACCUCCACCCCCCAGCCCUUUAUCUUACAACUUAGACCCACAAAUACAACACACACACACACACACACAAACACACAAAAAUGUAUAUGUGUAAUUGCAGGUCAGAAACCCAAACAUUCCAUGCAAUAUAAGUACACAGAGGUUGCCAUCGCUCCACUUUGUUUGAUUAUGAUGUCCUGUAGUCAUCACUGUAUCUAAUGAACACUAAUAGACAGAUCGUUGCAUGCACACUUGCAUGCACACACAUACAUACACACAAACGCACAUACACGGACACUCACACGUAAUAUUAGUCCCAGCUCCCUCCUACAGUAACUGUUAUCACCGGCAUGACUGUGUCAAGUUCAGUAAUACAAACAAAUAUAUCCACAUGGAAAAGAGACAACACAGAUGUUCCUGUCUUUGGUAUAAUAAAUUUUAAAUUUGUGAAUAUAA